AUGGGCCAGAUUGUCAUGGGGAUGAAGACUGGCAACCUCUUCCAGGUGGCCAGCAACCUGGAAACCGCCGUCACCUCCAAGGUGCCGAUCCCCCAGGCGUUUCUGGCCACGGUCCAGGCUUGGAUGAAAUCCCGGGCCCAGACUGAAACCGGGUUGACGCAGAUGCAUCUCGCCCACUACAUUGGGGCGAAUUCCUUCAACAAUCAGGUACAGGCCAACAUGCAGAUGCUCUCCGGGUCCGCACCGGUCACAUCCCCCCUUCCGGGUUCCCCGCCUGGAUCCCCACAGAUGGCUUCUCCACCAUUUGCAGCAUCUCCGCCAUUCGCGCAAGCACCCGGGUCCCCGGAACCUUUCGCCUCCCCGCUUCCGACAUCUUCAGCACCAGUUGGCCCGCCUGGCCAUCCACUUCCAUCAUCGCCAAUGUACAUCCCAUCCCCAUUGCCAAAAUCUCCCAUGUACAUCCCAUCCCCGCUUCCCCAGGACAGAGAUCUGCGGAAACCUGCAGAGCCCAAAUCCGAACCCAAGAAGCCCUUUGAGAAGCCAACAUCUCCCAUGUAUAUCGACUCUCCUCUCCCGAUGGAGACCCCUCGUGACCUUCGACGGCCUGCCGAGCCCAAGACAGCACCCAAGGCGUCUCCUCUCUACGUGGAGUCGCCGCUGCCAGGCCAGCCAGGCCAGUCAGGCCAGCCAGGCCAGCCAGUUCGGGACCUCCGCCGCCCCGCGGAGCCUACAGUGCCGCCUCAGAAGGACAGCCGGAAGCCCGCGGAGCCAGCAGCACCUCCUCGCAGGAGGCCGCCUGUGCCGCCGCUGCCUCCGCUCUCGGCAGGCAGCAGCUCAAACUACUUGGGCCCCAGCGAUGUUCCGCCACCGAGUUCCUCUCCGGGCUGGUCAGCUUCGCAGGCGACGCCAAAGCCAGCUGGGGAGCGCACGCCGACCGUGGACGGAGGCUGGACGCCGGCGCUUCAUGGAGCUGCGACGCCCACGCUGAUGCCCACGGAGUCGGCGCCCACAGCCACAGCAACAAGAACUGUGACCCAAAGCGCCACGGCAUCGGUGCCGGCGAGCACGCAGGUAUCGACGGCCAACCAGCCGACGCACUCCUCGGUACCGCCCGCCACGAUCUCCGUGCCAACCGACGGUGACGCUGGCCCACCACCAGAGCCUUCAGAGGACGACAGCAUUUACUCGCCGGAGGGCGCUCGAAAGGCUUACGAGCUUCACAAGCAGGCUCUCAGCCUGUGGCUGCCCUACUGCGCUAUGCUGGUCAUUCUCGAGUUCGCUCUCCUGGCCCUCUGGUUCGUGGUCUCGUCUGCUUCGAAGAUAUGGAGGGGACGGAGGCAGCGGGAGGCCGAGCAAGAGAGUGUAGAUUCCCAGCCUGCACCUGGGAGUGAGUCCGGCCACCUCAUCGUAGCCAAUGCCACACCCUGCGGCCCGCGGGGAAAGUGGGCACCCUCCUACGAGACGGAGCCCACGGAGUUUGAUAGUGGAAUUUGUCAUGGAUCCUGGCUCUGUAUCCACAAGCCCACGGAUGAUGCCGAGCGCAUGAAGUCCGGAGAUUACCCAUUCGCGGAUCAUCUGCAUAGCAGGAAACGCUUGUGGGAAUUCCGCUUGCAGCUGAAGUUCCGAGAGUCCGUGUCUGCAGAGGGUGUCUUCUUUGGCUGCGAGCAAGACCGCUACUAUCACGUGGGCACUGUUGAGCGCUACAUCUCCUCGUCGGUGAUUGCACUUCUGAGGCACGCCUCGGGCGAUGCCAUGUACCAGACACAUGGAGAAGACCCGGCGUCUGUGCAGGGCGAAGCAGAACGACCUACCAUUGCCUUCCCACUGUGGGUCAUGGACCAACUGAUCAUCACAGAAGAAGGCGAUGAACCGCCCAGCUUGAAUGCCUGGGCCUCAGACCUGCAGGUGCAGAAAUCAAAGCUGAUGGAGCUGGUCCAGCGAACCAUCAUGUGCAAAUUCUAUCGUGCAGGUGUUUGCAACCGUGGAGACAGCUGUACUUUCGCCCACGAUGAGUCGGAGCUCCUCUCGGUUCCAGACCUCUACAAGACAAGCCUUUGCUCAAAGUUCCAGCGAAGUGGCCUCUGCAAGAAAGGCAAUCAUUGCAGAUACGCGCAUGGAGUGGACGAGCUGCGGAUGCCGCGGGUGCCAGACGCGAAAACGACCUGCAUCGAUUUGCACGAUGCAGAUGCCUCCACGGAUUCUGGCCAGGGCGUCACUAGCGCUGACGAGCCCGAUUUCAUUUCUGAUGUGCCAGAGCAGGAGAUCUUCGUUCGAGUGAGAAACACCUUCCUGGAGUUUGGCUAUGCGAUUGAAAGCAGGCGCCUUUCGCGAUGUGCUUCUGCGCCCUGA